AUGGCUUCUGCGUCAGAGAUGUGUUUGAGUGACGCCGCAUUAGCAGUCUGUCGGCUUGUAGAAGAAACAAAGGGGCAUAAAACACUAAAGUAUCUGGGACCUAGCUGUCUUGUACAUUUCUCUGUUACAAGUACCCCUAAAAUUCUUUCUUCCCCUUCCUCGGGGAGAACUUCGAUUUCAGAGCGUGCGUCAAGCUAUUUCUUGGUUGCAAGUGCCGAAGUCUUGAAAAAGAACCAGAUCGAAGCCUGUGAGAACAAUUCAGGCCGCUCCGUGAAGAUCGUGGCCGAAUUUGUUCAGACAAGAGACGGAAGAAAGCUCGAACGCAAGACCCUGAGUCCUAUUAAAGUGGGCGGUGAGUUGUGCCGAGCACUCGACGACAUCGUUGAAUCAGAUGGGAUGAUUUUUAUAGCCCUUACCGGGUUAAGACGAAGUAUCUUCAGUAAGAGCAACUUGUUGAGUCGUGCUUUAGAAGUUGCCGAAAUACAAGGCAGAAAUUCAUCUGCACGGAUGGCAUCAAAUGACCUACGGUGUGUCCUGUUUACGCUAUCGACUUGCGGGAAAAAGGCAUUCCAACUGCAAGAUAAUCCUGAGUUUGGAACCAAGGUCUACGAGCUUCUGCCGUUUGACUCAGACCUAACCUGUGAAAAUGAGACGCGAACUUCGAGGUACUUCUUGCAAAAUGAUGAGAAAAAGCGCUUCCUCAACGAAGAUGAAUUUCCAAAGAACGACAUUCCUUUUGGAGCCAUCAUUCUCAAAAAUGUGAUGUUUGCAGGAGUGCUGAACUUUGACAGCAGACAGCCUUCGCCAGUUUUUGUCGAGAGCAGUUUAGAAACAGGUAAUAAGUUCAUCAUGUUUUGCACGAAAAUGUAAAGUAUUAUUUCUACUGUUUUCAGAUGGUUAAAAAAAAUUAAAAAACUGACCCUAAUCAAACUUCCUUUAACCCAGAAUGUUUAACCUGCGGAAUUUUGACGCGUUCAUUCCUCUCCUAAGAUGAUUUGUGUUUUGCAGCUUCUAUCAUAGAUCUAUUCAAAAUCUCAACACCAUUUCUCAAGGCAUUUGUUCAUCGCUGACUUUGAUGAAUGUCUUCCUUGAAUUUCCAUAGUAGCUUGUGUGUGGUCAUUCUGUUUUGUGAAUCUUUGAUUCUUUCAAAAUUCUUUGAUUCUUUGAAAUAGCUGUUAUAUAUAUAUAUACUGGAAUGUUUCAGCUCCUUUAGCACCAUGUAUUUCUAAUAUCUGAAUGUGCGGGUCAAGCAUACCUCCCAGUUGACAAUAUAACAUAAAUUAUACUGUCUUGCAGUGAACAAUUUUUUUUUAUGUCUAAUCAAAUCAAAAAUAGAUACCAUACACUCAGACCACUUGUUCAUUUGUUAAUACCCUGACAGAGAAUAAUUCAACUCAGAGUGGCAAGUUUGCAGGAGGUGUCUAUUAAAGCAGCAGUUACCUGCAGUCUACCACUGCCUCUAAGCCUAUCGCCAUCUGUUUAGCAUGCCCCUAGAUCUCCCCUUGGGGAAAAAAAGCAGCCUAUUGCAUAUGCUUUAUUGAUGGGAAGAUUUCACCUUUUUCAAAAUAAAGAAUGACUUGCUUAUUUUGAGAGCUGAAAAAGAAAGCCAGUUGUGUUAGUGGAACAAUGAACCCAUGUGUCAUUUAUGAUUUCUUUGUUUUCACUGUCUUAAUUGUGCUGCCUUUUGCAACUCCAUCACUAAUAACAUGGUCAAAAAAUUACAAUCUCUGUAAGUCCACCAUACGCAAUGUUUCUCUUGUAUAGGAUCUAAGCAGACCAUUCAGAGCAGGCAAGAUAGACCCAUCUUGCUUGCUUGGGUUGCUAAUCAGAUUUACAGCAUUUGCUUCAUAUUACCCACAGGGGCUGCCAGUGAUAUAACAAAUUAUCUUCAGGUACUUAUGGCAUAAGUUCUUGAAACCCCUGGGUGACAUAGAACUUAACAUAGACUAGCUAAAAUGUCAUUUUUACACCAGUUCAAUAGACUGUUAUAUAGUUAAGACUAUAUAGUCUUAAGAUUAUCUUGGAAAUUUCUAGACUUACUUUCAGAAGUUGUAAGUAUUGUAGUGAGACUUUAUACAAGAACUGUUAUUGUUUUAGGAUGCCAAAUGUGUUGUUUCAUAUCAAGUACUAGUGAGAAAUUUACCAGUGUUCCUAGCUCUGCCCAAACAGAUUGAACUGGGUUAACCUUUUAACUUCUAGAGGUGAUUAACAUGUAACUUCUCCAAUAUCCAUACAUCACCCAGCCAAUAGCUAAUAAGAAUACCUGAAGUUAUCAGGUAGAAGUUGUUUUCUUGAUCUAACACCAAAUUCAUGUCACUAAUUUACAAGGAAAUGUGUAGCAGCUAGAUCUAGAGGGGAGAAUUAACAAUCAGAUUGUGGGAGUUAAAGGCUUCAUUACUUCAACAGCAAUUCAGAGAUGUGAUGAGAGAGAAGCUGAAAGGCUGGUUGGUGCAGUAGGUGGGAUUUAUCCAUUGUUAGAUCCAAAGAGAAAAGAAAGAUCAGAGGUAAAUGAUAAGACUGGCAUUUAUGGUUUCCCUUGGCCUGCAGUCACACCCUCAGCCCCAGAUAAGUUUGUGGCAGGUUUUCAGUCAACAAAUGAUAACAGUGGUAAAAAGGAUUUGAGAAUAAUACCAUGUGCAACCAACCAGGCUGAGUCUGGAAAGAAAAAAGAGAGGUCAGGAGAAAAUAGUGAAGGUAAUACCGAAUGUAAGGCAAACCUUUAUCUCAACUUAUUUUGGGUGCAAAUAUAUGCAUUAAAUUGAAAACUGCCUAUAUCACUAUUGGAUGCCUUCAGAUUUUAAAUUUGUCAGGGGAAAGGAAGGGAAUGAAGCGGCCGACACAAGCGAAGCAAAUUUCAACGACAACUAUGAGUUUCACUGGUGAAGACGCAUAUGAAGCAAAGAUAUAUUUUACGGAAAAGACUUGAAUCGUUUUAUUAGCGUAGUCGAGGUAUCCAAGUACUUAUUGUAAACUGAAAUAUGAAAUUAUAAGGAAGAAGCUAAGCUAAAUUCUAAGAUACAGACCAACAUUCCAAUCAUUCCGAUAUAAAAGAAAGAUCUCAAAAGACUAGCUAAAACUCUAAAACAAACUCACAAAAGACUAUCUUCAAGGAUAAAGGAGAACCGCUUGCAAACAAAUUCUAACAAAACUGAUAACCGAGUGGGAAAAUGAGAAGCUUACUAACAAAGCAUGAACAAUGUAAGCCACAUGUUACAUGGUUGCAAAGAAACCGAUAUAAAAAAACGGGGCGAAACUACUGAAAGACUAGAUGUUUAAACAGGUACAAAGAGAAGGAACAUAAGCACUUACAUAACAGUCCUGCUUGUAAAGGCUUGACCAAACGAACUUUGAGGUAAGGUGGGCAAAAGGGCGCUUUUUGAUAAACACAUAUAAACACAUCUUAUCGUUAGCCCAACACAAGAUAACUAACUAAAAUGUGGUUCUGGGUGGAACUUAAAGAUUACAUCCCUAAUGGACAAACAGUAAUGUCACUAUUGCGGUUUAACACGAAACAAACCUAUAACAAAUCAAUGUCCAGUAGCAAAGGCGUGGCAACCGUUACAGGGAAUUUCAAAAACAUAAUGUCUGUGGAAAGCAUCUUUUACUGCAAAUUUAGAUGCCUACAUUUUACAUCUCAAUAUGGUAACCAAAAUGGUUGCAGUAACUUGUGCUGUAUAAUUUAAAAAAUCUCCCAGAUAAAAGAAGAUGUCAAUAUUUAAUAUGUCACUAAACACAUGGAAACCAUGUAAAUUUUAUCCCUAUUAGAAAUUAGUUAAUUUUUUUUUAAUUUCACAAUGAUCAACUCAAUUGCUUUCAUUUCUGCAAUGGUCAGUUUUUGCAAAAAAAGGCUGGGAAAAAUUAGUUAGUGUGGGGGCCUCUUAAACAAUAUACAUUUAAUGUAUGGUCCUGGGGGAAACAGUUUGUUUUGUUUUCCUGAGAGUCCUGAUGAGAGUCCUAGGUUUUCAGGACGAAGUUGAGGGAAAUAUCAGGACUCAAGGGAAACCAAAACUAACUAGUUUUCUGAGGGAACAUACAUUAGGUACUUUGUUAUAUAUGUAGACCUUCCCUUAAACAAUCAUAUGGCAAAAACAAACAAACAUGCUGUUGUAUUUGGCGCACAGGCAACAACUGCACAAUUAUUGUAUCCCACCCAGGAUACAUUUGAAUUUGAUCAGGGGCAUUUGUCCAAGAAUCAACCAAUCACAGUGCUUGUUUUAUUGAUUCAAAGUCUAGGUAUAUAACAAAGUCAAAUAUUUCCAAAUUUCAGAUUUUCUACAGGGUUGACAUCUCUGAAAAUGCUUGUUGCCAGCAAAGGGUGAUGUCUCUCAUUAAGUGAAAGGAACAGGGGAGCCUAUUAGGAAAUUUUGAAUUGAUCCCUGAAACAAGAUCAGUGUAGGCAUGACUACAGCAUUAAAACUGAACCUAGAGAUUGUCACUUCCAAAAUAGUAUGCAUUAAUCAGUUGUGGUUUGUCAUUGUGGUAAAUAACACUUUUAAAGGAGAAAUAUGACUGUUUGUCUCACAAUAUGGUCACUUAGGAUGUAGAUCAUGACAUUUCGACUCCACACUACUAGUCAUCUUCAGGGGAUGAGGUUGAUUGAAUAAGUACGCAUCACCUAAUUAUGCUGUUGUGCUCAGCUGUGACUAUUGGAUGGAAUUCCAUGGCUUUGAUUGGGCCAGGUUCCCUCUGGUUUGCAUCUGUAAACACCAAAAAAAAGUCUGGCUUAUAUAUGGAUGUGAACUUCUAAAACAGUGUGACCCUCGUCUCAAUCUGAAAAAUUUUAAAUUAGUUACUGUUAUAAAUUAGACAAUGUCUUUUAGAACUGAAUGCAGAAGACCUUAAUCCCUGAAUUGCAGCCUAGAUCAAGAACACAAUUUUCGCCAGAACCAGAUUUCUUGAUCUUGACUUAAAUGCUCCUCUUAACUUCACAUCAUCAGAAUACUUUUAAAUUCUUAUUUUGGACUCUUUUUAAUUUAAUUUAAUUGUAAGGUCUAGAUAUAUAUUAUCCCUAAAGUGAAAUUGAUACUGAGCAAUGUGGCUUCUCAUUGUCAAUUUGACUAUUUUUCAGAUGAAAAGGCCGCCCCAAUUGAAAACUCCUGCAGAUCUUUGGACAAAAGUUUAGAUUCCAACAGAGUUGUAUAUGUGCCUGUAAAUUUGCGAUCUGCUGAUAAUGAAAAUCAGCCUGCAGGGGAAUGUUCAGCACCUGAACUAAGCCCUGAAACAGGAACAGGAGGCUCAGAGGAAGAAGUCCAAGGAGGACCUGCAGAUGAGCAAGUUCAGGGGUCAGAGGAAGAAGGAGGGGAGCGGGUAACAAUACAGAAAAAAGAGGAAAAAUCUGUAUCUCAGGGAUACCGAGCACCCUUAACUGCCAUGGUACCUCAGGUAACAACAGGAAUCCAGAGGAACCCAGCAGAGAUUCCACUGGCUCCAGUAGUGUCAGGAGGUCCAGAAUACUCAUUACCCCCAUUACCUCAGAGACGCCUUGAGACCCAAGGAGCAUCCACUGACCUAAACAGCCAUGGAAGUGGUUUUCUUUUCCAAAAUGGAAGGUACAAUGAGUUGCCAGGAGGAGCCCAAGGUGAAGUAAGGGAACAAAGCUUAUCAGAUUCUUGUCACCCAAAGAAAGAAGAGCAUCCUGAAGUGAAGCACUCCAUCUCUAUGUCAGCUGGGACUAAAAAGACAUAUAAGCUAGGUAAUGAUAAUGUGUUUAUCAUCCAGAUGCACAAAUAUGUUUACAUACAGGUAUUAAGAUAUAGAGGGACCAAAUAAUAAGUUAAUCACAACUGAAUGAGUAAUGACUGAAUGAAUUGAAUGAGUAUGCAUUACCUAAUUAUGCUGUUGUGCUCAGCUGUGACUAUUGGAUGGAAUUCCAUGGCUUUGAUUGGACCAGGUUCCCUCUGGUUUGCAUCUGUAAACACCAAAAAAAAGUCUGGCUUAUGGAUGUGAACUGCUAAAACAGUGUGACCCUCAUCUCAAUCUAAAAAAUUUUAAAUUAGUAACUGUUCUAAAUUAGACAAUGUCUUUUAGAACUGAAUGCAGGAGACCUUAAUCCCUGAAUUGCAGCCUAGAUCAAGAACACAAUUUUCAGAACCAGAUUUCUUGAUCUUGACUUAAUGCUCCUCUUAACUUCACAUCAUCAGAAUCCUUUUAAAUUCUUAUUUUGGACUCUUUUUAAUUUAAUUUAAUUGUAAGGUCUAGAUAUAUAUUAUCCCUAAAGUGAAAUUGAUACUGAGCAAUGUGGCUUCUCAUUGGCAAUUUGACUAUUUUUCAGAUGAAAAGGCCGCCCCAAUUGAAAACUCCUGCAGAUCUUUGGACAAAAGUUUAGAUGCCAACAGAGUUGUAUAUGUGCCCGUAAAUUUGCGAUCUGCUGAUAAUGAAAAUCAGCCUGCAGGAGAAUGUUCAGCACCUGAACUACGCCCUGAAACAGGGACAGGAGGCUCAGAGGAAGAAGUCCAAGGAGGACCUGCAGAUGAGCAAGUUCAGGGGUCAGAGGAAGAAGGAGGGGAGCGGGUAACAAUACAGAAGAAAGAGGAAAAAUCUGCAUCUCAGAGAUGCCGAGCACCUUUAACUGCCAUGGUACCUCAGGUAACAACAGGAAUCCAGAGGAACCCAGCAGAGAUUCCACUGGCUCCAGCAGUGCCAGGAGGUCCGGAAUACGCAUUACCCCCUUUACCUCAGAGACACCUUGAGACCCAAGGAGCAUCCACUGACCUAAACAGCCAUGAAAGUGGUUUUCUUUUCCAAAAUGGAAGGUACAAUGAGUUGCCUGAAGGAGCCCAAGGUGAAGGAAGGGAACAGAGCUUAUCAGGUUCUCAUCACCCAAAGAAAGAAGAGCAUCCUGAAGUGAAGCGCUCCAUGUCUAUGUCAACUGGGACUAAAAAGACAUAUAAGUUAGGUAAUGAUAUCUUGUUUAUCAUCCAGAUGCACAAAUAUGUUUACAUGCGGGUAUUGAGAUAUAGAGGGACCAAAUAAUAAGUUAAUCACAACUGUUACAAUUUCUUCAAAUACGAUUGGUGCAUUAGCUGCUUUAUUUUUCACUAAUCAUUCUGUAUAGUUGUCAUCAGGCAGUGCAACUAAACAGUUGGCUGUAAUUGGACAGCUGUUAUUGGACAGUUGAAGCAGCCAAUCAUAUUAAGUCCACUCAACUAAAUCCACCAAUCACAGAACUGAUGAUAAUAACCAUAACAACAACCACUUACCCUGAAAAAAAAAAAAAAAACUUUUCCAAAAUUGAGGAAUUUUUUUUACUUUAGACAUUGUUUGUCCAAAAUUUUUUUUCUCAAAGUUGUAAUGGUUAUAAUAAAUUAUAAAUGGUAACUAUCAUAUUUUUGACAGUGAGAGUCUAUAUUUAUAUUUUAAUUUUAUUUUUUUAUAAAUUUACAAAUAGCUGACCUGCUUAAAGAGACCUUACUGAGUUGUCUGGAGCUUUUGGAGGCUCUAUGUAGAAGUUUGGACAAGGAAUAUAAAUAUGGCCUUUGCAAAUUCUGGAAACACCUUGCUGAACAUUUCCGCAUCUCAGAACAAGAGUACCAGAGGUUUGAAUCUCAACCAGUCUUCAGUCCUACCGAGCUGAUGUUUGAAUAUUUGCAAACUGCUGACCCAGAUGUCACAAUUGGUUGUCUCAAAGAUGGGUUAAGGAAAAUUGAGAGGCAUGAUGUUAUCAACUUGCUUGUACAACAUGAAAAAUGUGGGUUUGUUUGAAGUGGCUAGUUGAAUAAAGUAUACUAUAAAUAACAACUUAUAACAUUUAUUUUCUUUAAUUUAAUACUUUUAUUGAGAGAGAAAAUUAAUAUAAUUAUUGUUUAUUAUUUAUAACUUGAUAAACUUAAUUUAUUUACAUACCCAUCCUGAGGUGGUGAUCCAUGACAAAUAUAUUUUUAGUUAAACAUCUUGAUUAUCUCUACAGUAGCUAAUUCUUGUAGACCAAUAUUUAUUGGGUUGUACCAUUCUUAUUACAUGUAUAUCAUAGAUUUAUUUCAUUUGACAAUCUAUCACAUCUUUUUUUUCAGGUGAUCCAUUGGCACUGAAUGAUGAAACAUUGGUUUCCAGCCUGUUCGACACUGAUCCUGAUAUCAUUGGUGAACUUGCCUACCUGCUAGAUAUUCAGAAAUCUGGAGUUAAAAAAUGGUCAGAUUUGGCUCCUAAAUUGAACAUACCAAGACGAAUUUUCAGGAUGUUUGAAAAUUGCACUGCUGGCAAUCCAACAGAGAAGGUGUUUGAAAUUGUAAAAGUUCAAAGCCCCAAAUUAACCAUUGGUGAAUUGAUCAAUCAUCUGAAAGCUUUGAAAAGACAUGAUGUGAUCAAAGCAAUUAAAAAGAGCAUCAAGGGUAAGUUCUGAAUGGAGCAAAUUUCAAGUUAAUAUGUCAAAUGCAAAACAGCAGUAAUGCUUUGCUUUUGCUUUACUUCACUGUGUGACUGGCUCAGAAAUCUCCCACCACUCUCUCAGGUAAUCAGAUUCAAAACCCAAACCAAUCACAACUUGUUCUCUUGUGUCCACCCCCUGCUCAGGCAAUUUGUUCUGAGUUCUCAUUGGCUUCUUUAGAUUUUGUUUUUAUAUACCUUUAACCCUUUAAAUCCCAAGAUCUCACUAGUAAUUCUCCUUACUGUCUGCCAUACAAUUUGUAUGAUGUUAGUUUGGAAAAUUUGAUUUUUCUCUUUACCCUCAUCACUUUUCAUGUGUCUGCUAAAGGGCUGUACAAUAACUGGAAAAUGCAAGGAUUGGACAGUUUUGAAUUUAGUGUGUUGUUUCAAUAUAUAUAUUAUUGUUGUUAACUUCUUCACUUUUGAAAUUUUUGUUACUUUAAGUUAGAGUGAUGUGGGAUUUGUAUUUAUUUCUAUUAAUAAUUUUAAGGCGAUCAUGUUGAUUAUUGUUGUCCUUGUAGUUACAGAAAUUUCUGUGAUAAAAGAGUUGGUUGCAGAUGUUGAAGUCAUGGAGGAGGUGUGUGACUUACUCAAUCAGAUAAAUCGCACUACCACAGUCUCGGGAUUGAGAAAUCUUGGAAACCGAUUAAAGAUUAAGAAAGAAAUUUUGGAUGAUCUUUUACCCUCUAUGGAGGUAAACCAAAGUCCCACAGAGGCGUUGAUUCGUCGUCUUGGAGGUUCUAAUCCAAGUCUAACCCUUGUAGAUUUUAUAUGGGCACUCCAUGAAAUUAGCCGACCUGAUGUCAUUGUGUUAUUGGAUGAAUACCUUCCAGGUAUGGAAUUUUAGUGAUGUGGAUAUUAUCGAUAUGGUUGAAUUAAAUAGGAAGCAAAUUAUAACAUGAUUAUAUUAUGUUUUGCGCAUUGUACUGUGAUCAUUUUGAUGUCUGUUUUUGUUUGCCUGUUUCUAAAAACAAAUCAAUACUAAUGAAUUAAAGGCUCUAUGCUCUGGAACAUUGGAAGAUCAGCAUAUGAGUUUACUGCAAUGAAGGAAUCUGCCAAGGACCUUCACCCUUUGACCUUUAAGAGUGACUAGAAUCUAAUUUCUCCUUACAAUAUCAUCCCCAGAAAUCACACUUUAAGGUCACAAAAAUAAAGGAAAUGAUCAACAUCUAAAGAAGUUCUUGAUUGUGAAACAAAUUCUCCUUGAAAGCCCCUCAGGAACUAUUUUGAGAACAGUAUGAAGAAUAUGUAUACUGAUGUUAGGGCUUAAAGGGCUAAUAAUCUGAUAAAAAUGACAUUAUCCAGGAUAGAAUGUCUGCAAUUCCCUAAGGUUAGUUCAUACCAACCAAGCUAUGUCAAGCCGAGCUGAAAACCUGCAACUCAGGUGAAAAACAUGAAACUAAUUAAAUUAACUCAAGCCAGUCAAGAGCAAAAUUGGCAGCUGUGCCUAAACUCAUGUACAUAGUAUCUGCAGGUUUGCAACACCAGAUCCUUCAUUCAAGGCCAAAAGCCACUUAAAACAGGCCCAAACCUGAGUAGUUUCAGUUAUAUCAUUUGCAGGUUCUUGACAGCUUAAUUAUCUUGUGUAUAAAGUAAGGACAAGCAAUGGAGCUUGACGGAGUAUUGGUUAAGUUUGUAGGAGAAGGCACUUAAAAGAAUGCUUAAUACCACACAUAAUAGGCCAAAGAUUGUCAAUAUGCAAACAGACCCACCACUGCCACCAGCUAGUUGUGAGGUAGUCAGUUUUAUAGGCCAUCAUUCUAGGCUUGGCAUGACAGGCUUCCAAUCUUAUUUUCUAUAAUUAGUUUUGAAAAGAUCAACAGAAUCAAGUCCUCACAGAAGCAUUUACAAUUAAAAAGAAGAUUUUAGAAUCACAUUUGUAGGGAUGGUUGAAUUUUAAAGGUCUCAUAUGUUUUCCUUUCCUAGCUGGAUGUGUUCAAAGGUUUUUGAUCUCAUCUUGUAACAGUUACUGUGAGAUAUGCCAGCAAGUGUUGCCAAGACAAAGUGGAGGAAGUUAGAGACAGUUCGAAUUGCAUAAUGAUGGAUGAAACAUUAUGGCAUUUUUGGCUUCCUCAGAAUGGUGACUUGUGAUCAACCACCAUGGGUAUUCUUAUGAAGCUAGGCAGGCAGAGGUUGUUAAUGAACUAAGUUCCUUGGAGCUAUUUCAAUCCAGUAUCUAGUAUCUAGUUUAGACAUCUGAGUUGGUUGUAGAUUAUUUUGUAAUUAAAUAGGAGUAAUACUCUCACUGUGAUAAAGUCUUAUAUUCCAAGAAACAAAACCCAAAUAGAGAUGUGAAACCUUUUUGAUUAGAUUUCAGCCAUAGAAAUGAUCUUCUAUUAUUAUUAUUUAUUCCAUGAAAAUUAAUUUUAAUAAAUAAGAAGAAAUAACUCAUAUUACAUCUGCUAUAGUAACAAAAUUUUUAAAUCAUGACUGGGUAUAAGCCUGAGGGGUGCUGAAGGGUUGUGGUGGGAACUGAAGUUUUUUUUCUUUUCAAAACCAACAAAAUGAAUUUUUUAUAAUUACCAUAACCUGCAACAGGUGUCAAAGAAUCUGAACAAGAUCACAAAAAGGCAAGGAAAAGAAAAAGAAAAAUUAACUUUGUGUCUCUCUCUGGCGCCCUAUGGUAGAGAGAGAUGUAUCAAUGCUUGGUAGUCAUGCUUUUUCGAGUUUGGCAAAGGAAUGUAAACUUAUUUGUUAUAGACAAAUGCCAUUUAGCACAGCUGGAUUAGGUUGUUUAGUGUCAGACCAUACUUGGCUACUUUAACUGCACAAUCUAAAGUACACUUACAGAAAUUCAGGCCACCCAGAUAGUCAGCUUAAAACCAAUUAGAGGAGAGAACUGAUGAAGGAGAUUUUAAAAAGACUUUAAAAUUCAAAUCAUUUGCCUUUUAGUACUGUACUUCUGCAUUCUUACUGGCUUUGGGAGUUUAAAAACUGAAAGACUGGAACACUACAUUCAGUAAUUACUGGGUUGACUGAUUAAAAAAAAAAGAGUCAUUUGUAGCUUGACAUCAGCGAAGAAUCUGCCAGCUUUAAAUUGCCACAUAUUUAAAAAGCCAUUCAAGUGGUUUUGUGGCCAUGGUUUCAGUAGGUGCAGUUAAGUAUAAAAUUGCAGGUAAAAUUCUGUCAAAAUUAAUAAAAUGAAGAAAUUCCAAAGUACUGUCUCUUACAUCAUCAUGAUCUUUGUACUAGGAGGAGGGCUUUCAUUUUUCUCUAAUUCAGAAUCACAAUUUUGGUGUUCCUUUCAAGUAUUUUUCUGAUACAAAUGACCAUAGAUUUCCUUGUUUCAUUCCCUUUUGAUAUAAAUUUCCCUUAAUCAGUACAAUCUAUAUAAUAUAUUUUUUUAUUCCUCAAUUCUAAAAAAUAUCUAGGG